AUGGCCCGGGACCAGCUAGAGGUGCUGAAUGCACUGGACGUGGCCAAGACCCAGCUGUACCACUUCACGGCCAUCGUGAUUGCCGGCAUGGGCUUCUUCACCGACGCUUACGACCUCUUCAGCAUCUCCCUCGUCUCCAGGCUCCUCGGCCGCAUCUACUACACCAAGCACGGUGCCCCCAAACCCGGCACCCUCCCCCCUGCCGUCUCGUCCUCCGUCACUGGCGUCGCCCUCGUCGGCACUCUCGCUGGCCAGCUCUUCUUCGGUUGUGAUAUUGUGUAUAUUUGUGUAUUUACUGUAUUAGCCUUAGGUUGGCUCGGUGACAAGAUGGGCCGCAAGCGCGUCUACGGCAUCACCCUAAUCCUCAUGGUCGUCUCCUCGGUGGCCUCCGGCCUCUCGUUCGGCUCUUCCCCAAGGUCCGUCAUGGCCACCCUCUGCUUCUUCCGCUUCUGGCUCGGCUUCGGCAUCGGUGGCGACUACCCCCUCUCCGCCACCAUCAUGUCUGAGUACGCCAACAAGAAGACGCGCGGAGCCUUCAUAGCUGCCGUCUUCGCCAUGCAGGGCUUCGGCAUCCUCUUCAGCGGCGUCCUCUCUCUGAUAGUGGCUGCCGCCUUCAACUCCCAAUUCCCGGCCCCUGCCUACGAGGACGACGCCCCCGCGUCCCUUGUCCCCGAGGCCGACUAUGUCUGGCGGAUCAUUCUCAUGUUCGGGGCGCUCCCCGCGGCCCUGACCUUCUACUGGCGCAUGAAGAUGCCCGAGACCGCGCGCUACACGGCGCUGGUCGCCAGGGACGCGAAGCAGGCGGCCCGGGACAUGUCCAAGGUGCUCAACGUCGAGCUCGAGGCCGAGGUUGAUCACGAAAUCACCAACAACAACAACUUCGGGCUCUUCUCCCGGGAGUUUGUCAGGCGACACGGGCUCCACCUGUUCGGGACAACGUCCACGUGGUUCCUUCUAGACAUCGCUUUCUACAGCCAGAAUCUUUUCCAGAAGGACGUGCUUACGGGUGUCGGCUGGAUUCCGCCGGCCAAGACGAUGAACGCGGUGCACGAGGUGUAUCGGGUGGCGCGGGCACAGACACUGAUCGCGCUCUGCGGGACUGUGCCGGGCUAUUGGUUCACAGUGGCGUUUAUCGAUAAAAUAGGGCGAUUCGCGAUUCAGCUGAUGGGGUUCUUCUUCAUGACGGUGUUCAUGUUCGCGAUAGCAGUACCUUACAACCACUGGAGGGAGAAGUCGCACAUCGGGUUUGUGGUCAUGUACGGGCUCACGUUCUUCUUUGCCAACUUUGGGCCGAACGCGACUACGUUCGUGGUGCCCGCGGAGAUCUUUCCGGCCCGGUUGAGGUCGACUUGCCACGGGAUAUCGGCAGCUGCCGGGAAGGCCGGAGCAAUUGUGGGGGCUUAUGGGUUUCUUUACGCGGCACAGAAUACGGAUAAGACGAAGACGGACGCGGGUUAUCCGCCGGGUAUAGGGAUCAAGAACUCGUUAAUAGUGUUGGGGGUUAUAAAUGCGAUCGGGAUGCUUUGCACGUUUGCGGUGCCGGAGGCCAAGGGUAAGUCGCUGGAGGAGGCGUCGCAGGAGAACGUGGAAGAGAGCAAUGUGGUUGAAGAGGCUUGAUAAAUUUGUCAAGCUCUCGUUCACUAGCUAUACUUGUGUGAGCUUAUUUGUUUCUUUGUUAUAUUAUAGUUGUUUGUGAUUUUGUUGGUCAAUGAACAUGUUGAUAAGUACUCUGAAAUUUCUAAUUCCAGGACUGGUAAUUGCAAAUACAGUGUUGUUUGUAUUUUAUUUGAUUUAACUCACAGGUCACUAAGUUUUUGUUAAUUAAUGCAGUUGUUGAAGUUUUUGUUAAUUAAUGUAUUUGUUGUUAUAUAUGUAGUUUGUGUGGUUUGUGAAUAUGAA